ACUCCCCCCUUCUGCACUCAAUCCACACUUUCAUUCUUAUCUCUCCAAUCUCCAUAGCUUCUUAGUCACAAAAGAAAAAAGACAGAAAAAAACAGUAAAUUAAGAUGGCUUUAUCUGGGGAAAAUUGUACCCUUGAACAGAUUAGACAUCUCCUUCUUGAUGAUCCUGCUUUUAAUCAACUUUACUGCAAUUCUGAGCAGAAUUGCUUUAACCCGCAGGUUGUGGCUUCUAGUCCGUCUAGCAAGUUUAAUGAGAGGAAACCCAGUUUGAAUAUCGCGAUUCCCAGGCCGGCGGCGGUGAACAAUAAGGGGGCUGGGCAGAUGCCGCCGCCGCCGGAAAUUCAAGAUUCCGGCGAGGUUGUUAAGAGGCACUACAGGGGCGUGAGGCAGCGACCGUGGGGGAAAUUCGCCGCGGAGAUCCGCGACCCGAACCGGAAGGGGACCCGGGUUUGGCUCGGGACCUUCGACACCGCCGUGGACGCCGCAAAGGCCUAUGAUCGGGCGGCGUUUAAGCUGAGAGGCAGCAAAGCCAUUCUCAACUUCCCGCUCGAAGUCGAGAACUUCCGGCCAGAGAGCCAGCCCCAGCCGCCGCCGACUUUCGGCCAGAAAAGGCCCAGAGAAGCCGAGGAGGAAGUGGCGGUGAUUAAGCAGGUGAAAAGGGAAGUGGUGGAAGAGUCAUCUGAAGCGCCGCAGCCGCCGCCUGCGGCGGCGGCGGCGGCGGCUCCCUUAACGCCGUCAAGUUGGAUGACGGUAUGGGACUGUUCUGAAGCGAAGGGUAUCUUCGAAAUCCCGCCGUUAUCACCAAACGUAUAUAACUAUCAUGGAAUUAGGGUUUAAGGAAAUCCAUAAAAUAUUUUGUUUGAGGAAUACGAAGAUCCUGCACCUGACUAUGGAAGCCAGAGUCUGUGGUGAAUCGAAGCCCUAAAAAUUAAAAAAAAAAAAAAAAAAAUCCCAAGAAAAAUGGUCGAAUUUGGCAGUUGGUUUUCCCCAAGUUCUUUCAAUCUUUGAUUUUAUGUUUAAUUAAUUAAUUAAUUAAUGUAAAUAUAUAUAGUAUAUGGAGUUGUUGCAUUUAA